UCAACGCGACAAUUUGACCGAUAUCAUCGUCAUGUCGAAGCCUACGCAUAGGCUAAACGCAAUUUAGGUUAAAUCCUCACCAGAUGUGUUAUUAUCAACUUCCUCGAUAUAAAAUGAAUAUGUCACCCGGCCAACCGUUUGCAACAUAGUCUAUCAGGUUCUUAUCCAACGCCAGCUGCGCGAUUUGAACAGAUAGAUUUCAGCAGUUUGAGGCUAGGCUACAAACGGUUUAUGAUGCGCUGUCCAUGGUGCUAAAAUUGUUUCCUCCGUUUAAGGACUUCAGUCGGAAACUGCGAUCCAGUUAAAAUGUUAAAAUGUCUUCUUCAGCUUAUUAAACUCGUCUAUUACACCGACUUAUUUGAUGUGUUUGUGCACUUAUCUAUCUUCCUGUGUUGAGUUUGGAGUGGUGCGCGUGAGGUAGCGCCUAAAGGGGUGGAACGAAGCGAAGUUCCGUGUCUCUCUCGUGAGCCAAGCUGCGUACUGGCAGUCUCACAGCGCAAUACGCUCACCGGAGAGAGCCAUACAUUUCGUGCUGUUUGUAGCCUGCUGUCUCCUGUUAACGGACUAAAAUCGCCGUUGUUUCACAGGGUAGGGACAGUUCCCCAGUAGACUACCGGACGAGAGAUGAAUCAAGCUGCGCGAGGGACUUUGCUGCUCCUCGUCUUUGUGUUGAUAAUGCAAGACUGCUUCUCCUCUAAAGGGGAGGACAGGUUGUUCAGGAGGCUGUUCCGGAGGUACAACCAGUUUAUCAGGCCGGUGGAGAACGUCUCAGACCCCGUCACCGUGGAGUUUGAGGUUUCCAUGUCACAGCUCGUAAAAGUGGAUGAAGUGAAUCAGAUCAUGGAGACAAAUCUGUGGCUGAGACACAUCUGGAACGACUACAAACUAAGCUGGGCCCCAGUAGAGUUUGAUGGGAUUGAGUUCAUCAGAGUUCCAUCCAACAAGAUAUGGAGACCUGACAUAGUGCUUUAUAACAAUGCUGUGGGAGACUUCCUGGUUGAAGAUAAGACCAAAGCUCUGUUGAAGUUUGACGGUACAGUCACCUGGGUUCCCCCUGCCAUCUUUAAGUCCUCCUGCCCCAUGGACAUCACCUACUUCCCCUUUGACUACCAGAACUGCUCCAUGAAGUUUGGCUCCUGGACCUACGACAAGGCCAAGAUCGACCUGGUGCUCAUUGGGUCAAAGGUCAACCUCAAAGACUUCUGGGAGAGCGGCGAGUGGGAGAUCAUCGAUGCUCCGGGCUACAAGCACGACAUCAAGUACAACUGUUGCGAGGAGAUCUACCCAGACAUCACCUACUCCUUCUACAUCAGACGCCUGCCUCUCUUCUACACCAUCAACCUCAUCAUCCCCUGUCUCCUCAUCUCUUUUUUAACAGUCCUGGUCUUCUACCUGCCCUCCGACUGCGGAGAGAAGGUGACCCUCUGUAUCUCUGUCCUCCUCUCCCUCACUGUGUUCCUUCUGGUGAUCACUGAGACCAUCCCGUCCACCUCCCUGGUCAUCCCCCUCAUCGGGGAGUACCUCCUCUUCACUAUGAUCUUCGUCACUCUCUCCAUCGUCAUUACCGUGUUCGUCUUGAACGUACACUAUCGUACACCAAUGACCCACACCAUGCCGGGCUGGGUCAGGUCCGUCUUCCUCAGGGUGCUACCAAGAGUCAUGCUGAUGAGACGGCCCAUAGACCAGGACGGCAAGGCCCUCUGUUCAGACAGCGGGGAGGAGAGAGGAGGAGGAGGAGGUGGAGGAGGGAAAGGAGGAAAGAAGAGGAAGAAUAGUCUGACG